AUGCUUUCAAAACGUAUUGGUUCCAGCACCACUUCGAAGAACCAAAAUGACUUCUGGUUUAAGAAUCACACAGUCAAAAUUGUCAUUUUACAAUGGGUUGAUAUUUGUGGCGUUUUGAGAACAAGACUGGUCCCUGCCUCGACGUUCAAGAAGAUUACCGAAUCCAAUGAAUAUCUCAACUGCGCACCGCUCGACACAUGCGUCACCACGACUGCAGAAUUCAUUCCAAAGAUUAUGCCAUUCUUCGUAGACUCUGGUAAGAUCUGGCCAGACGUCUCUUCACUGAAGCUUGCAAACCACAGUACCCGUGGAUAUCAUGCUGCUGUCUGUUUUGGUCACGUCGAGUUUCAGAAUACGGAUGCGAGGCACAUUCUGAAGGGUCUGGUCGAAAAGACUAAAGUAAAUCGUGGGUUAGAAUUCUUGGUCGGUAUGGAAUUGGAGUUCUGCCUUCUGGUCCCAGGGACCCUAGAUCCUGCAGAGAAAGGAAGCACAGGCGUCGCGCAUUCAUCAAAGAUACUUCGAUCCAAGGCUUGGCCUCUACUAACCGACAUCAUCGCAGCCUUGGAUGAGGCUGGAAUCCGGGUUGAACAGGCUGUAAAAGAAUAUGGAGCCUCGGCCUACGAAGUCGCACUGUCACCACUACCUCCCGUUGAGGCCGUCGAUGCAUACAUCUAUACUAUGGAGGUCAUCAAGAAUAUCGCGCACAAAGCUCACCUAACGGCUACAUUCUAUCCAACACCUUAUGCUGGAGAAACAGGCCAGAAGAGCGGGCAACACAUCCAUAUUUCUGCAACUCCCGCGAUCAAGGAUAAAUCCUGGAAUCCCGAUACAGCCAUGUCCGGGUUGUUAAGCCACAUUCCGGCACUUACGGCGAUUGGGAUGGCACAAAUCGACUCUUACGAAAGAGUGGGUGUUGGAAAAAUGUGUACUGGAGGCUUUGUCGGUUGGGGCGAUAAUAAUCGAGAUAUGCCAGUCAGAAGAGCUGACAAGAAUCAUUGGGAGGUUCGGAUAAAUGACGCUACCUCGAACUCGUACGCCAUGGUUGCUGGAAUCAUCGGUGCCCUACUCGACUCAAAGCCUUUGACAAUCGAAAGAGCUACUAAAUUCACCCUGUUCUACUCAGAAGAGGAGAGACAAAAGAUGGGGUUGACAAAAUCCCUUCCCAGUUCACUCGAAGAAGCACUGAAAGAGCUUGAAAGUGAUAUGGACUGGGCAAUCUGUGUUUUAGGUCGGGAGUAUGUUGAGUGGUUCAUUGCGCUGAAGAAAGCAGAGGCUGAGGCUUUGUCGAAGAUGGAAGCCAAGGAGAGGAGGCUUCUACUCCUGGAUACAUUCUAA